UGCUGGCUUGAUGAGGCUCAUGAUGAUGAUAAUGAUGAUGGUAAAGCUAAGGGGAUACACUGAUCAAGAGCGCUGGGGCCAGGAUAUUCCCUGCGACUAAUCGCCUACUGCACGCUGAGACAAAGUUUGACUAACAGAGAGCUGAGACUUUGCAAGCAUGGAUGUGGUGUCACCAGAGCUCAACAGCCUCCUUCCUGAUGAGAUCAUGGAUACUGAGGCCAUAGAGGACGUCCCUCACUCCCAACCGGACGGCACCACGGUCCAGUCGGAGACCAGUGAUGACACAUCAGUCCCGAUGGAAACGGACACACCCGUGGCUUCAGAAAAUUUUAGCUUGUCUUCAGAUGCCGCUUCAACAGAACACGCUCAGAUUCUAACCACAAACACAGCCACAGACUCUACGCUCAGCAUCAGCUCAGGAAGUCAGAUUCCUAUCUCAAUUUCCAGUUCGUCGUCACCCCUUCUUACACUCAAACCAGCCAUGGCUACUUCCAUUGCCACUACCAAAACUACAGAUAGUGUGACUGGGACUAGUGUCUCUACAAGUGGGUUACAGAAGCUCACGGCUCCGUUCACCAUCUCUCCUGCAAACCACCAGAUCAUUCUCAACAAGGUGGCCUCGUCUCAAGCCACGGAAGCAGCCAAGUCUGCUGGUACUCCGCCCCAGGUCAUCAAGCAGGAAGGACAAAAGCUCUUGGUUACAGCAAUAGGAAAGUCGGGGCAGCCUAUAGUGCUGCAGUUACCCCACACAGGCAGCAAGCCUGGUGUUUCACAGACUUCAGGAGACAACAAGUCUCAAACUCAGCAGUUUAAAGUGGUGACCAUUGGUGGGAGGUCGGAGCUGAAGCCGGUGGUGGGCAGUGCUGGCAACCAGGUGACCACAUUACAGGCCCAGCAGCUGAAGGCUGUACAGAUUGCUAAGAAAACACCAGCAUCCUCAGCUGCACCAAUCAAGUUUAUCAUCACAAAAACUGUCAAUAGCAAAGGCCUAACUCCUCAGACAUCAGUUCCUCCUGUUAUUGCUGGACGGGUCCUGACACAGAAUUCCCCAGUGAUGCCAGCGAGGACCCUUGGUCUCUCUGAACCCCACAACACUAGUAUACAGAGCAUCCCGGGCAAAAAGAUUGCUAUUUCACCCCUUAAGACUCCCAGCAAGGUAACUGUGGUAUCUGUGGCUUCCCCAACUUCCAACGCCUCUCAGAAGUCAGUAGCGCUGCCUGUCAAUGUAGCACUUGGCCAGCAGAUCCUUACGGUCCAGCAGUCCACAUCGGCAUCUCCAGUCAAGGUGGCCACCAGCCAAAGCACGACACAGAAUAUUAAACCAGUGCAGUCUGUGGCUGUGGGAGGAGUCAGCGGCUCCCAGUUCAAGACCAUCAUCCCACUGGCCACCCAGCCAAAUGUGCAGCAGAUUCAGGUGCCAGGAAGCAGGUUUCACUACGUCCGCCUCGUCACAGCGACCACAGCGAGCAGCACAGGACAGCCCAGUGGUCCCAGCACCAGCUCCAUACAGACAGCUAAACCUAUGGUGGUCAGUACAGGAGCAGUGAGGAUGUCUGUCCCCAUCGUCCCAGCACAGACCAUGAAACAGGUGGCACCUAAGCCCUUGACAUCAGCAGCACAGGUAGUAACCACCACUCAGACCCAGCAACGCCUGAUCAUGCCUGCAACUCCUCUACCCCAGAUCCAGCCCAACUUCACCAACCUCCCUCCAGGCACCGUCCUGGCACCAGCUCCUGGAGGCGGGAACGUGGGCUAUGCCGUUGUACCAGCACAAUAUGUUACACAGCUCCAGCAGUCACCAUUUGUGACCCCCGCCAGCAGCUCUGCUUUCCCUGCGUCCACAGGUAUCCAGACUCAGGCCAGAUUGCCACUUAAUGGCUUGUCAACAGCAGAAACAACCUCAAGACCGAGGAAACCGUGCAACUGCACCAAGUCACAGUGUCUCAAACUAUACUGUGACUGCUUUGCAAAUGGAGAGUUCUGCAAUAACUGCAACUGUAAUAACUGCUUCAAUAACCUAGAACAUGAAACAGAACGUCUCAAAGCUAUAAAGACGUGUCUGGAUCGAAAUCCAGAGGCCUUCAAACCUAAAAUUGGCAAAGGAAAAGAGGGAGAGUCAGACCGUCGACACAGCAAAGGCUGCAACUGCAAACGGUCGGGCUGCCUGAAGAACUACUGCGAGUGCUACGAGGCGAAGAUCAUGUGCUCUUCCAUUUGUAAAUGCAUUGGCUGCAAGAACUUCGAAGAGAGCCCGGAGAGGAAGACGCUGAUGCACUUGGCCGACGCAGCAGAAGUGAGAGUACAGCAGCAGACUGCAGCCAAGACCAAGCUGUCGUCACAGAUCUCAGACCUGCUCAUGCGGACGACACCUGUGGUUUCAAGUGGAGGCGGGAGGCUGCCGUAUACGUUUGUAACAAAGGAGGUGCUGGAGGCGACGUACGAGUGUCUGCUGGAACAGGCCAAAAAGGCAGAACUGACUGAUCAGCCUCAGGUUGAAGCAGAGAGGAUGAUCCUGGAGGAGUUCGGACACUGCCUCAUGAGGAUAAUCAGCUCCGCAGGAAAAGCCAAAGCAGACUGUGCCUCCAUCAACUGCUAGGCCCAGCAGUCUUAAGGCCCUCCACCCUCUAACCCGCCCCAGCUGUUGGGGCAGAGAGGCAUGGAUUACUCUGCGCUGUGUCUCGGACCCCUGGGGUUUCUCACCUGCAGGGAAACAGGUUGUCUCCCUCAUCAAAAGGCAGAACAAUGUCCUGAAAGCAGACGGAUUCCCCUGCCCCAGCCAAGCUAAGGCCAGCUGGAAUAAUAAACAUGGAACAGUUGUUUGCACUGUUCACCUACUGACUGAAGGACAAAUGGACAGAGGAGCCCACCUCUGAUGGAUCUGCCUUCAGAACUGUUAACACACUCGUUCACCUGGCUGUGAUGGACAGAAAAGACUGAGCAAGGUAGUGCUGAACAGGAAUUUAAACGUCUCUUCACUUUAUUUUCCCUUCAAGGCUCUAUCAAAUCUGUUUUCUCCAAACUUCUGUUCUUCCAUUUUUAUUCUAUUUUUCUUUUAUUCUUUCCUAUUUUGCGGGUCUUGAAAAGAAUGCCUGUAAUUUUGAUGUAAUCAGUUCGUUUGUGCUUACAGUAGGCGAACAGAGCAGAACAUGUAUCUUUUGAUAUUUACUUUGACAAGUAUUUGUAAUCAUUGUGAGCGCUAAUAUUGUGUGGCUUAUAGUGCUGCAAACUGUUAAUUAUUAACCAAGGCUAGGCUAAAUUGUUUCAAUGAAAAUGAGUAGAGGCAAUAUUAGGUUUUAUCCUAAAUGCAAUUGUAAAGAUGAAUGCACACACAUAAUGCAUUAUGUUCACACACACAGACGCACACACACAGACAGACACACAGACAGCACUGUUCAGAAUAGCUGGCUAGAUUGGCAGAAGUACACAUUUCUCCUGGUGCUGUUUUCUGUUUUAUUAGUCACAUGCUUACUGUGCAUCGAAACACCAUUAACUGAAAAAUAAAUGAGAUUUGUUAAG